AUGGACCCCACCAUGUUUGGUUUCUCCGAGCGCGAGGACAUCGACCCGAUGAUGAGCUCGUUUGAUUCGGUGAUGACGGUGACUCCCCAGACCGUCAAUCAAAUGCAGCCCAUCAUCUUCAACCAGAUCUCCUGGCCCAACCCUUCCACGGAAUCACCCGAUUCUUCUCAACCUCCACAGACCCAAUCCACCGGGUCGACAGGCGACACCAGCUUCACCGACGAUCUUCUCUCCUUCUCCGGCAGCUCGUGGCACCGCGAGGAACCGAUGCUGCCGGAUCAUGACCCGGCGGCCCUCAACUUCAUUGAACAGCGGCAUGAUCUGGCGCAGCCGAUCCCGCAGCAUUUGGAGGAUGACCUGGCAGCAGGACACGAGCCCGACUCGGCCCAACCCUCCCCGUCAUCCCAGCCUUUCACGGACCAGGACCGGGCGGCGACGGUGCGGCCGAUGAUGGGAAUCUCCAACCAUACCGAUAUGCCCGCGCGACCGCUUCCCCAGCAGAGGGCCGAAGCAUUAGGCCAUCUGAAACAAAUUAACGAUGGUUGUCGCUUCGCGAUUUUGAAUACGCGGUGUGGCGCUGACGAGCGCGAUCAAUUGCGUCAGGCUCGCCAGAGCCUCACGUACUUCUCGGAGCUCAUCGAUGGGUUGAUCGAUGGCUCCGAAGCGCCUCGAACCGGCCCACCGUCGAUCAAGUCAGCUAAGUCGGCCAAGUCGGCCGGAAAUGGUCAUGGCAAUGCGAAAGUGUUAUAUCGCUGUAUGGAGACCGGAUGUCACGCGAAGUUCUAUAACCGUGGCUCCUUCAAGAGACACAUCGUCGACCAGCAUCACCCCAAUUCGGAGUUCCACUGCCCGAAAGAGGACUGCGACACUGUGCAUCGGCGCAAAGACAAAAUCGAUUAUCAUUAUCGAGCCCAGCAUAAGCAGGAGCCCAACAAGAAAGAGAUCGAGCGAAACAACCACCCGCUUCCCUGCCCGCCUCAUUGCGCAAUAUGCUACUGUCUGGUCCACACCUGGGCCGGGUUCUACAACUGCUUCAUGAAGCACUGUCUGGUGAACCCCACUGAGUCAAACCCGAGCUCUUCUCGCCGGUCAAGUCUCGACCAGAAUAUGGCAGCCCAUGAGGAGACCCCCAAUGGCCGAGACGACUACCCGCCUGCCGCCGCUCCCACCCAGGAUAGUGGGCUGGCGCCUUCACGCCGUAAACGGGCUCGUGGCUCAAGCCCAGGUUUCUCCGGCCCAGGUGGCUAUCCGAGACAACCAACUGUGAGACCUAAUCCGGCCCGGUCGGUGUCCGACAAUAUCAUCGACCGCCACCCUCAGCAGCAAGCGAACCAGCCUGCCGUUGCUCCCACUCAUGGGCCUCCCAAUGCUGGCCAUCACCAGUCCAUUCAGAGACCACCAACGACCGUGCCCUUUCGGACUCAGCCUCAGCCACGACAGAAUCCACCCAAUGAUGCAGCUAUGGGCCCUAAAUGCAACAUCUGUAGCCAUCGGUUUGCGGACUGCCGCAGCCAAGAAUGCCGCCGCACCACGGAGUCCGUGAAUGGAUGUCACAUCUGCUACCGAGACUCGGCUGCAAUAUUGAUGAACCAGAUGGGCUCAGGUCCUUCCUACAUGACGGGGUUUCCCUUGAGCCAAGACAUAUUCAUCGAUCCUCGUGACCUUAACAACGCCGGACUGCAGCUGGAUACUAACUUUGCUGUCGCCGCCAUGAACCCAGCCUACCAGACCCAGAUGCCACGGAUGUAUGGACAGAAUCUCAGUCCCGAUGAUAUCAUUCAUCGCAUGCAGCAUUACCCGGGGUCGAACUCCAGUUCCCCCAGAAGCAGUUUUACAGCAAUGGCCGUGACACAUAUCGAGGACUCUCCGAUCAGCGAGGUGGAGAUGGAACGAUCCUCCGGAUUGGGGUUUAAGCUUGCACGGCCGAUCGAGGCACUGUUCAGCAGGAUGUCCCUGGGCGUCCCCUGGAAACCUCGACCGUUCCGUGGCCUGAACACCCUUUCAUAUCCCGAAAUCCUGACAAAAAAGGUUCUACGUCCCCCAAUGCUCGACAAGACUGCCCCUUUCGAGUGUCAGUGUCCAUGCCGUAACCCGUCGCAGGACACACACUCCGCACGGGUCCGCGCCGACCUUGCACCGGGCCGCCAAGUUGAUAUCCGACUGAAGCUGUCCCCUCACGAACGUGGACACCCGUUUCGAACUCGGGUCCAGGUCGUCGUAAAAAUGCUUCGGCUGCGCUCGUCGGUCGCUAAAUCUGCCGACGCAAAGGCGAAAUGGAAAGCCAAGUUGGCCAUUGAAGAGGCCUUUGAGUCGACGCUCAGUCGCUCGUCCGGGCAGCAGCCAGACGUCAUUGACCCCGAGGAACACGAUGAUUCUGACACGGUCUCUGUCUGUGACUCCGACACGAUGUCUGUCGCCUGCUCGACCUGGUCUAACGAGUCUACCUCGACCGCCUGCACGGAACUUACUUCGGAUUCUCCUGCUCGGCCCGGUUCCCCUGUCGAGUCUGAGGUGUCCCUGUUCAAUGCCCAUUCCGACUGCUUCCAUGACGAAGAGAAGGAACUCGAGAAAGAGGUCGAAUUAGCAUUCAACUUCGACCUCCAGCCAUCGUUGUACAAACUCGCCCAAUGGACAGGCUGGUACAGCGAUGAUCUGUCGUCCGACCUGACCAAAUGCGACCCGGACCGUGUGUUCGAGUAUUUCUUCCAAUAUAUCCUCUUUCUGAUCAUGUCAUUGGCUCGCUCGCACGACUAUAACUUCCGCCCGUGUUUCGAGAAAUAA